AUGAAUAACAAAAGAAAAAAUCGUUCUAAUCCAACUAGGUCUCCUCGAGCUCGAGGUCCUCAAGAGAGAAGUGUUGUUGCCGAAGGGGUUUACAACAAUGCUCAUUUUAUGCAUGCGAUAACAAGCCAUGUUGGCAAUAUAGUUCAGAUCCAAACUCAAAAUGGUUCAUUAUACGAAGGUAUAUUUAGAACUUUUUCUAGCCAAUUUGAAGUAGUUCUGGAAAUGGCUCAUCGUGUAGAGAGCUCGGGCGAAAUUUGCGUAGAUACUGUGGUUGAAAAACUUAUAUUCAAACCUCAAGAUAUUAUUACAAUGUCCGCAAAAGAUGUAGACUUAGAUUACGCAAUAAGAAAUACAUUUCAAACUGACACAUCAAUUAGUAAGUUUAAUGGCUUAGUAGGAGAAAAAGAACUUGAACCAUGGGAUGCACCAGCAACAAUAAAUGGCGACGAUUAUGAAUUGGACGGAGCUUCUAAUGGCUGGUCUGCUCAUGAAAUGUUCAGUACAAAUGAACAAAUAUAUGGUGUACAGAGUACGUUUGAACCGUCUUUGGUUGGUUAUACUCUUCCAUUACAUCGUAAAGAUACUAAGGAAUUCAAGGAUCAAGAGCAAAAAGCAUCAGAGAUAGCUAACGAAAUAGAGGCUCAACCUAAUCAUAAAGCUCGAUUAGAUCUUGAAAAUGGUGAUGAGGAAGAACGUUUUGCUGCUGUGAUUCGACCAAAUAAUGAACCUAAAUACGUCCCUCCUGCAAAAAGAAAUAGCGUUAAUUCUGGUAAAUUAACACGAUCAACUCCACCGCCACCGUCACCUAGUACAGCAAAUAAUAAAAAUAUGUUUAACCAUCCACCUCCGGGAUCAACAACGAAUUCUUCUCAGCCAAGUAACAUUCCACUAGGAGGUCCGUCAAAUCAUCCUCCAGUACAACAUCCGAUAAUGGCCAUGCCACCAAGUGGUGUUGUUGUUACUUACAAUACACCGCCUCCGUUUGUUCAACCACCAACAACGCAACCUCUGCCUGUGGCAGCAAUCCCAGUUAUACCUCAAAUGCAAACUCAGCAUCAACACGGAACAACUAUGUCACAAGUUGCAUUUGCUCCACAGCAGCUACCACCAUCAAAUAAAUUGAAUCUUGAAAAACGAGAACGCCCAGGAAGACAACAAGGUUAUCAAAUAGAUAAAGCGCCUCCUGCACCGUUUCCACAGACUGCGACUUCUCAUCAACAACAGCAGCAGCAGCAGCAGCAGCAGCAACAACAACAACAACAACAGCCUCAACAACAACAACAACAACAACAACAGCAACCACCACCACCACCACAACAACAACAACAACAGCAGCAACCACCAACUCCAUCACCACAGCAACAGCAGCAACAACAGCCAUCACCUCAUACUCCUCAUAGUUCUAUUCAGCAACAAAAUUCACUUGAAGGUCAGCGCAAUGAUCUUCUCACUAGUAAAUCUGAUCAUAGAAAAAUUCCAACUCCUAGACCAAGAGAUGAACAACACGCUGAAUUGAGACAAUUUUCAUCAGAUUUCAAAUUAGCUGAUCCACAAACACAGGAAACUCCAUCCAUUCCACGUAAACAACAACAACAACAACAACAACAACAACAACAACAAUCGCAUCAUCAAGAUACACAUACUCAACAAUCUAUGCCGCCAUCACAUCAUCCACCCGUUCAUCAACAUCAAAAGCCGUUACCACAGCCUCCACAACAUCAAGGGUCUCACCAACAGCAACAUCAAACGGUACAAGAAGAACCAAUUAUUGCUUCUAAACCACCUACAGGUUCAACAUCUUUACGGCCUACAACACCACCUCAAGUACAGCAACAAACCACACCGCCGAUGCAGCAAAGUCACGAGCCUGCUAUUGAGAAAAUAACAACUUCGUUUAAAAAGUCAACAUUAAAUCCAAAUGCGAAAGAAUUCAAUCCAAACGCAAAGCCAUUUACACCGCGAUCGCCAAGUACACCAACUCCAAGCAGACCACAUACACCUCAAACACCACAAUAUUCUGGAGCUAUGCCUACAACAGUAGUUAUGACACCAGCCUAUGUCAUGACAAGUCAACCACCAACCGCCUUUUCUCAGCCUCAAGCCCAACCUGUAGCGAGGUUCAGGAAGGGUCAGUAUCUAGUACCAAUGAUGCAACAUCGAGCACCAGAUAUUGCAUCACAAAUGCAAGUAGCAGCCGCAACAGGCCAACCAUUGCUUGCUCCUGCCCCGUUGCAUCCAUCAUUUCAGGUGCCUUAUCCAGGACAACCAACUUAUCAACAAAUGGUUCGUAUGGUGCAAGCGCCACCACCACCGCCACAUAUGGCUACGCCUUAUCAUCAUCAUCAUCAUCAUGAGUCACCUGGGCCUCAAAAUCCUAGUAUUCAAUAUAUGGGACAUCAUGGACAUCCUCAUCAACAUCACGUAGGACAACAACAACAGAGUCAAACACAAUCACCGGCUAAUCAAAAUCCUCAGCAUACGCCUGGUGCUUAUAAUCCAUCGGGUACACCACAAGCAUCAUAUCCACAACCACCACCUCAAGGUCACACACCGAAUUACCCAUUAAUGUGUCCACUAAUUCCACCACAUUUAUCAAUUCCACCGCAACACAUGCCGUAUUUACCAGCUCAACCACCACCUGGUGCUCAACAAGCUAUACCAGUUAUUUUACCUCAUAAUCAAUAG